GUUUUCGCAUUCGUGUUUAGUACAAGCUGUAUAGUGUAUAAUGACGAGGUUACUGGUGUUAUCAGUGUGCAUGUAUGCAGUAUGGAUGGUAGACUCCCACAUGACACCUGAUUUCAUGGAACUGGAUAUGUUGCUAACAAUGGUACAGCGUGGACUGUAUAAAGCUAAGGGUGACAGUAAAUGCACAGAACCAAACGCAGAUAGAUUGGAGCAAGAAAGACCCAAAGUUAAGGACAUUUUGAUACAUAUAUACUACACUGCGAUUGAUUCUGAGAUAAACAAGGUCAUACAAAAACACAUCGAAGGCUGCGACGAAGAAUGCUCCACCCCGUCUGCAAACUCAAAUUGUUUCACCGCCAAUAGAUACUUCCGCUUAAAAGAAAACAUCGACACCUACUUCGAAGAAGCAGCGGAACAAGUAGACAAAGAAGCUGUACAGAAAACGUUUGUAAUGGUUACUAAAUUAUUCAAACUAUCCAAGGUGUGGCGCUGUCCUACUACUCUCAAGUUGAUUAAUGGAAUAUUCGGAAUGCUAAAGUUGCAAUGGAAUGUAGACGUCGAACUUUGUCUUAGAAGACCCAUGUCUGGCAAUUUAGACACGUCCAUGACCUCCAAAAUUGAUCUUAUAGCAAAAGAGAUUAACUCAAAUAUUGAUCUGUCAGCUAAUUUAUACAUUGAGGAAUUUUUAUUAAGCGAUGGGUCACCAUGUUCAUAG